AUGAUUAUUUUGAUCACUGAUGCCUUAGCCAGCCUUCUUUGGCUCCUCUUGGCCAUUUUGACCGUCUGGGUCCUUCUACUUCUUCACCGUGUCGCGGAUUUCUACGAUCCAACUCAUCUCCGCUCCCUUGUCCCACUUGACGAUUUGCCCCCGAACCUCCCUCCCGCUCAAUACGCGAAAUUCCUUGCCACUUUGCGCGCUGACCAAAAGAGGCUCAAUAUUCAGCAGCGCCGAAGUCAACGUCAGAUUUACGUGGAACCCUGGAAGCCAUUCCAGCCAUUUGAAGACUUCUUUUUCUCCUUUUGUACAUGGGUUCUGACCGGGGCGGUAUGGCUACUGAAAACGACACUGCGCGCCGCUUGGCCAGUUUCCCCGUGGUUAUUCCCAACAGUCAUAUUCGUGGUUGAAGUUUUUCUCUUUAUCACUGUCGUGCUCUUGGUUACGCUAUUCAUUUUGGGGACUGCGGCAGUGACUAUGGUGAGGGAGCGGCAGAAGCAGCAGCGUAUUCGAAGACAUCUGGUCGUUGAGAUCCCGCCGCUACCGCGUUCCAGAGAUGGUCAUGUCAUAACUACUCCGUCCAGUGAAGGAAGUCUAAAGCCACGGCAUCGAGAUCGCAAGCGAUAUCGAGUAUCGUCGUGGUGA